AUUCUACAACAACAGGUUUUUUAGACUGACAAUUACUUUUGGAACAAAUUUAAUUCUGUAAGAUAUAAUUUUUGUGUGACUGUUUUGGCUAAAGGGGAUAAGGCAGGUAAUAGCCUGUGUACACUGAAAUUGAGAGAAAGUUAUUUUCUAAAACUCCAUUUAGUCCGAAAGUGUGUACUGCUGUAAGCACUCACUCAAAGUUGUAACAUUAGCAAGUAAUUAAGCAAGUAAGUGAGUAAGUAACAAAAGGCUUUAAUAUUCUUGGAGGUUCUAUCCUAACGGCUGGCUCUUCCUCCCCUUUGACUGUGACUAUGUUACAUUAAUGCUAGAGAUAUGUAUAGUAUUGCUCAACGAACAAAUGUGCUGUGUAAGGUAUACUUGUACUAAGCACUUUGGCCAGAUAUGCUGCACCCUUGAGAUGUAGUUACAUGCUCAAUCUGGUGUUUAUUUCCAAAUUACUCUAAUGCCAUAAGGAAAAAAGCAUAGGAUCUGCAUCAUAUACAUAUCAAAAGCCUCUAUUUAAUUUUUUUUGUUUAACUCUGAUGUAAUAGGUCAAAUCACAUUAUGUGUGAAGGAUGUUAGGGUGACCUAGUCACACUUCCAGGGAAUUCCACGAAGAAAACAACACGCGUGCUACACAUCGCACGCGUAAAUCUAUUUUAGAAAAUUUGCGCGUGCGUUUUUCCGAUUUUUUUCCUGGUUUAUUUCACUGUUAUCAGUCCCAUGAGUGUUCUUUAAGUGGUGUAAAAGUGCUAAAUAUAUUAACAAAACACCUUGGUUCGUUGUAGGAAGUUAUUUAUAAUAGGUAAAUAACAUAUAAUUAAAUUUAAACAGUCGACGAAGAGACGCUGACACGUGCUACACGUUGCACUUAUUGCAAUGGUCUGGCAAUUUGGUUUGCAGUGCUAUUUAUCCCCAACCUUGUCCCAAGGGUUAUAUUUUCUCCGUAGGUUAUCUAUUAUCUAUAACAAUGGUAAAAAUGGGAGUCAUUUUUUCUUUAUUGAGGUUUUAUUUUAAAUUAAAUUUAAUUUUAAAAUAAAAUGUUCAACACACAUUUUAUUUCACACAGGCAGAAAAACACACAUUUAUUUAAACACAGGGAAAAAAACAUGGCAUUUAAUUAACUUUUUAAAAAAAAUUUAAUUUAACCACAAGUGGUUAUAAACUGUUUUUAAUGAUAUAGUUGAAGCUGUCGAUUUCAAACGAUUGAUUUUUGGAAUACAGUGUUUAAUAGUUAAAUGCUUAAAGCAUAGCCUGAAGCGGCGACAUUAGCUACGCUGUAGAAAAUCAACUUUUAUAAUUCCUUCGUUAAUUUUUUUUAUUUAACGCGAGUAAAGAGCGUAAUUAGCGCCUGCGAUGAAUUGCACACCUGAAUAGCUGUUGCGCGUGUGUGGGCGCGUGCGCGUGCGAUCGCACGCAUUUCAUGGAAUUUCCUGACUUCACAUUAAUACCUGCAAGUUAUUAGGUUCACAUCACCAAAAUUUCCUCAAUGACUAAAAUGUAGUGAUUCAGAACGCUGAGUUGCUAAUAUAUACUUGCUAAUAUAACAAUUUUAGAUUUUCAAGGAACAGUUCUGUUUGAUGCUAACAUGGCAGAAAACAUUGGAACUCCAGACAUAUCCAGUGAAACGUUUACUACUAGAAUGUUAUACAAGACAAUUAGAGCGAAGUUUCCUCGGGUUUGUCAACUUUCAAUUGAACAAUUAAAAGAAUGGUUAAACAACAGUGAAACUGCUGAUUCAAUUUUGUUGUUGGAUGUUAGGGAAACAGAUGAGCGUUCAGUUAGUUUUAUUAACAACUCAAUUCAUAUUCUUCCCAGCAAAACAGAUUUAAGCAAUGUACUUGAUAAAAUCAUAAAUGGUAACAAAAGAAAAAUAAUUGCUUAUUGUUCUGUUGGGUAUCGCUCAAGUAUAUUGGCACAAAAGAUUUAUAGUCAACUGAAAAAUACUGAAGACUUUAAUAUUAAUGAUGUAGAAAUCUAUAACUUGGAAGGUAGCAUAUUUAAAUGGGCAAACGAGGGAAAUGAUUUGGUAGAUGCCGAUGGAAAAUUAACAAAAUAUGUACAUCCCUAUAAUGCAGUUUGGGGACGUUUUUUAGAUGCAGACAGAAGGAAAUAUCCAUUAAAUCAUAAUUUAUGAUUACAGAAUUGAAAAAAUUGGCAAGCAUUAGUGUAACUGUAAUGGUAUAGUGGUUUUUAGUCAAAUAGAAGGAGCCAAAAUAGUAGCUGACAGUAACAAAGGGCAAGAUUCGAUGAAUUGUUUUUAACUUGGCAUAGAGUUGGUUACAGUUAUAAUUUUAAAAUUUGUUAUAAAUUUGAGGAGAAUUUGCCACAUUUGCACUUUAUGUCAUAAUUAAAUUUUAUUAUUAUGCAUAUACUAUAAAAAUUUAUAAAAUAUUGCGCAUGAUGUAAAGUAAAAUGAUGCGUAAAGGCUCAUUUAGAUAAUAAAUUAAAUGUUAACAAAAAAAUAUUGUAAUAAUUUACUUUAUGUUUAAAUACACCAUGAAUUAUUCAAUAAAUUAUUUCUAAUCUGUUGAGUUUGUUACGUCAAAGCUUUAUUCAUUCUGAUACAUUUUAUUUAAAAGUGAAACUUUUAGCAUGAUACUUCUGUACAAUUUGCUAAAUUUGGAGCCACAUGUACUAUUGGAUGUUGGUAUUCUCUGAUCUUUGUUAACGUAUCGUUUCCGUAAGGUCUACUUCACUAAAACGAAAAAAUGUUUUAAUCGUUUCCUUCAGCUUCAAAUCACGGUAAUGAUGGAUUUGGGCCACAUGUACUAUUGGAUGUUGGUAUUCUUUGAUCUUCAUUAACGUAUCGUUUCCGUA